AAUAAAUCUUUGCAUAAAAAUACCGACAAAAAUGAAAGCAGUCCAUCAAUGCUCGACUCUAGACCUUUAAGGAAGAGAUUUCGACUUGCAUUUUAUCCUGCAGUCAAGGAUGCAACUGUUAUUGAAAAUAGUACAUUAGUAAACAAUAACAAGACCGAUAUCGAAGACAAAACUUUUUAUCUGCCUGCAGAACAAACUGGAAAUAAAAACGAAAUGGAUAAUUUUAAUUUGUAUGACAUAGAAAACAAGCCACCUAAAAAAGAGACGUUAUUGGAUAAGUUUAAUAUAUGGUCAAAAAGAAAGGACAUUUCAGAGCAGCGUAACAUACGAUGUAAAGCUGAGAGAGCAAAAUUAACCGGCUGGGAUUGCUGGGAAUGCAGAGAAUAUUAUAACAAUUUGUCGUUAUCAAAAGAAAAUUUGCAAAAACGAAAGAAUCAAUGCUCGCGACAUCGACGCAAAUAUGAACGACCAAAUACACCAGAAGGUUUUUGGAAUCCGAUUUUUCCUGAGACAUUAUCCACUUUGACAGAAUAAAGGUGAAACAUUAUCAUAAUAUGACGUGUACAAUUCUUUGUUAAGGGAGAGUGGAGUAAUUACGAAUACCUAAGCAAAAAAUCAAAUAAAACAAAACCUGAUUCAGAGACUUAGUGUGUAUUGCUUGUUAUGUACUGCAACCAAUCAUUCACAAACUUUUAUUAUCAACUCCUAUUAUUCCACAUCCAUAUGUUGUCACUUUGACAUUUUGACUA